AUGGCCGCCCCUUAUCGCUUGAUACCCGAAGCAUUGUCUGUAGCAAAGCGGUCCGCUGAAAAUGGCAGUGUUGCUGCUGAGUUUGAGAUUGUGUCCCUGGAAAAACACCAAGAGAUAUGGAAUACCUCUCCAAAGCGUGCCAUCAUGCGAACAAUGGUCGGUCCGAACCUGGUCGCAGAUGUAAUGGCCAGGGAAUUAAUGUGGCUCGAGAGAUUCAACCACGCGGCGAUGUGUGGUGCUGAGCACCAUUGCGACCAAAAGGACCCGAACACAAGCGCAGAUUAUAUAUGCACACUGCCAAACGGGUUCCUAAGCUUAGAUCUUCUUCAACAGCUGUCAGCAGUGCGCAGCCCUGUGCCAGAGUGUCGGGAUGACGCCGCAUGCAGUAAAUUCAAUACUAGGAGAAGAAAUGCGGAAAUCCACCAAGCUAACAGCCCGUACAGCGCAUUCGAGAACGGAACGCUACAGGGAGAGACAUCAGAAAGCCGAGUAGAUGAGACUCACGAACGAGAUGCCGAUCUACCGGAAGGAAUCACUCUAUCCAGCAGAAAGCCACAAGCUGUCGCACAACGGCAAUAUGAGAACUACUCGGACCGAUACCGAACGUUCAGCCAUGAGGCCACUGAGAAAGGGGGAAUUGACAUAAUCGAUCUAGUUACAAUACAACGGAUGGUGGAAGACCAAUGGUCGUACCAAUAUGCGAUCCCUGAAGACAGUGUGGAAAGACCUAUUCAAAAGGAAGAAUCUCAACAAGCUCGUCUUGAAGGUGGGGAUAUCUGGGACUCAGCCAGGAGUCAACGGAUGUCCUCGCCGCCUAAUGAAGGUGGGGGCGGUCGUUCACGGAAUUUUACGGAAGAUAAGUGGGGUGAGAUGUGGACCGAUGUUUGGUUUUCCUUCGAGAUGCAGAUAGGGAGUGAGCAAGAUGCUCUCGCAAAGCUACUUCCCACCUCGUUCCAUUGCUCUUCAAGUCUCAAACUAAUGGUUUUUGGAUGGCGAAGCAUUGAUCUUGUGUCUUCAAUGCGGAAAAGCGAGUGGUAUGAUGGUUGUGGCAGAUCACCUAAUACAUUGGAUUACUUCUCGCGACUGAACAAGCUGCCAGUGUGGAGUGGAGUGUGA